AUGUUAGAAGGAAACAUCCCACUGGGUUUACACCACUGUCAAAGGCUCGAAGUGAUAUCUCUUGCAGGUAAUAAAUUUAGUGGUAGAAUUCCGAAAGAGUUGAGCACCUUGCCCUCUCUAAGUUUCCUUGCUCUCGGAAAAAAUGAACUUGUAGGUACUAUUCCACCUUCCUUUGGCAACAUUUCAAGCUUAGAAGUGUUUGGGCUAGAACAUAAUCACAUUUAUGGAAACGUUCCAACUGAAUUGGCACAACUUCCAAAUUUGAAUAUAAUUGACCUUAUAUUCAAUCAUCUCACAGGUCCAAUACCUCCUGCAAUUUUUAACAAGUCUUCAAUGGUUAAAAUUGGCUUGAGUUUGAAUGCCUUUUCUGGAAACCUUCCAACAAAUAAUGGCAUUUUCCUUCCUAAUCUUGAAGUCCUCCAUUUGGAUGCCAAUCAACUAACUGGAAACAUCCCUUCAUCUCUCUGCAAUUCUUCUAAGCUCACUAUGCUAGUUUUACCUACCAACUUGUUUACUGGACCCGUACCAAAACAUUUAGGCGAUCUAAAACACCUAGAACGUUUGUAUUUAGAUCAAAAUCAACUGACAAACGAACCAGGAAGUAUUGAACUUAGUUUUCUCACAGAUUUGACAAAUUGUACUUCCUUGGUGGAGUUGUUGGUGGGACAAAAUAAAUGGAGUGGCACCCUACCCAAUUCUAUUGGAAAUCUUUCAAACUCUUUGCAAGAACUCGAUGUAACUGAAAGCCAACUAAUUGGUACAAUUCCUAAAGAGAUUGGUUCUUUGAGGAAUUUGAAUCUACUUGCAUUGUCUAACAAUAAUCUGAAUGGAAACAUCCCCUCAACUCUUGGAGAAAUUAAAAGCUUGCAAAGGUUGUAUCUUGACGGUAACAACUUUCAUGGAUCAAUUCCAAAUCAAAUUUGCCUUUUGAGCAACUUAGGGGAACUUAUUGCAAAUCAAAAUAAGUUAUCUGGAUCGAUCCCAAGUUGCAUUGAAAAUCUUAGAGGUUUGCAGGUGAUGAGGCUUUCUCAUAAUAAAUUGACCUUCAUACCGUCAAGUUUAUGGAACCUUGAAACUUUAAGGUACUUGAGUCUUUCAUUCAAUUCAUUAGGUGGAAGCCUAAAUCCAAACAUAAAACCAUCGAGAGUGAUGGAAAUCAUGGAUUUAUCUUGGAAUCAAAUCUCAAGAAGCAUUCCAAGAGUUAUUGGGUCAUUUCAAAGCCUAACUUCUUUGAACCUGUCUAGGAAUUCAUUCUCGGGACCCAUUCCCAACACAAUGGGCAAUUUGAUAACAUUGGAUUUCUUGGAUUUUUCACACAACAAUCUAUCUGGACAGAUACCUAAGUCUCUUGAGGCACUUUCACAUAUCCAAUACAUGAAUUUCUCUUGCAACAAGUUGGCUGGGGAGAUUCCAAAUGAAGGGCCGUUCAUGAACCUCAUAUCACGGUCUUUCAUGGAGAAUGAAGCAUUUUGUGGGAAUCCUAUUUUGAAAGUGCCACCAUGUGCAAGCAAUAGUUCCAAGAAGUCGAUGAUUAAAAUUAAUUUUCGAUACAUUCUUCCUGUCAUUGCAUUGACACUAAUCUUUUCUAUUGGUGUGUAUAUUGUGAAAAGAAAUCAUGGAAAUAAUGUCCAAAGUCAAAAUCUGAUAGAUUCAUAUGCAACAACGGAGCACAGAAUGAUUUCAUAUUUAGAGCUUCUACGAGCCACAGAUGAUUUCAGCGAAGCCAACUUGCUUGGAGUAGGAAGCUAUGGCUCGGUAUACAAAGGUGUACUUUCAGAUGGGACAAUUGUCGCUGUUAAGGUUUUAAAUUUGCAACUUGAAGGAGCUUUCAGAAGUUUUGAUGUAGAAUGUAAAGUGUUGCAAACAACUCGACAUAGAAAUCUCAUUGGAGUUAUAACAACAUGCUCUAAUCCUGAGUUAAGAGCAUUGGUUUUGCAGUAUAUUGAUGAAGAUUCAACACAGAAAUCAACACAGCAACACUUAACACAGCAGUCCAACCACUUAUCACAGCAGUUCAAACAGUCCGCAGCUGCAGCUAUACCAGAUAGCAGAGCACACAGUGUACAGAAGGGCCAGAGCAGCAGUUCACGAAAGGUGCAGAUGUAG